AUGGAUAACGAAGUUAUUGCACAUUUCAAUGGCUCUAAUCGUUCUGUUGGUAUUUCAAACUUUAUAUUGUUCAGAAAUAUUUUUGCCGAGGAUAGUGAAUAUGUCAACAAAGAUUUUAAUGAAGCUCAAAUUGUUGCAAUUAUAAGGGUCAAAUCAAGACAGAAAACAAUUAUGAGUGCCAACCAAAAAAUUAAAUAUCUUUGUCAAUUUCCUCAAACCUCAACUACCCAACCUUCUCAUUUUGAAUUAAAUAAAGAAAAUACAAAGAAGAGAAGAAACAAAUUAUUUACUUCAAAAAUCAGUGAUAAAAUCUUUAAAAAAGAAGAAAACGAAUCAAAAGAAAAUGUAUUGCAAAAUAAAGAGAGGGAUAACACACUUGAGUCUAUAGAAAAUAAAAAUCCUGAUGAAAAUUCAGCUGCUUUAAAUGAAUCAGUCAACAAUUCAGGGCAGAGAAACACUACUUGUGCUAAAAACAAAAUAACGGAUUUCUUUCCUAGUCGUCGAAGUAGUCGGAUUACACCAAGCUUUUUGGAUAUUUUGCGUCUUCAAGUACUCAAGGAACAAGUAAACUUGGCUGUAAACGAGCCAUAUUUGGAAAUAUUUACCUCAGAAACUAAAGGGAGAGGUUUACGCACACAACUUGCUUUUUCUAAGGAUGAAUUUGUAGUUGAAUAUAAAGGGGAUAUAAUAAAUAUGAAAAGAGCCAAACGGAGAGAAUAUGUUUACUCACUUGAUCCAAAAAUUGGUUGCUAUAUGUUUUAUUUUACGCAUAAUGAAAAGAAACUUUGUAUUGACGCUACAAAAGAAACUGGAGAUAAAGGACGUUUAGUCAAUCACAGCCGUUUGGUGCCUAAUUUAAAAGCUAAAAUAAUCGAUUUUGGUGAAAAAUAUCCUCAUUUAUGUCUAGUCGCAAUACGUGAAAUACAAAUUGGAGAAGAGCUUUUGUUUGAUUAUGGGGAUCGCACUGCCUUAACUGUUGAGAAGCAUCCUUGGCUUUUAAAUACAUAA